UCUUUACUUAGGUAGAAUAAUAGAAAUGGGUGAAUACAAAAUGGAAGAGAGUGAAGAAGAAGCGUUGUGUCGAUCAUAUCCUACCUCUUUCUACUUCGUGCAGAGCCCAUCAACUGUUUCGCAUGCCAACAGCAAUAAUCACCCACCUCGUCUAACCUAUUCCUCCUCUGGAGGAUCCAACAACACCACCUCCUCACAUUUCAACCAUAUCAAGAACCAAGAUCUACAUCUUAAACAGGAGGAGGAUAAGGAUGAAGAGAUCUUGCAUUAUGAAAACAAUCAAGCUGGUUGGAUUCAGUAUUUUUCCUUCAAUUAUUCCAACUCGGGGACUUGGAUUUUCAUGCAAUUGAGUUGGAGAUUUUUGGUUAGUCUCAUCAUUGCUCUGCUUGUUUUCUACGUUGCUGCUAAGCCGCCACACCCCACCCUUUCCCUUAAGGUUGCAGGAGUUAGACAAUUUAGGUUAGGAGAGGGAGUAGAUGCCUCUGGUGUGACAACUAAGUUACUCAGCUGCAAUUUCUCCAUUGAUUUUAUAAUAGACAACCAAUCCAAGCUCUUUUCCCUUCACAUCCACCCUCCAAUCAUCAAAUUAAUAUUUGGCCGUCUCACUUUUGCAACCUCACAGAUACAGGGAAGAGAAUUUUAUGCUGGGAGUGAUGAUUUGACAAUGCUGAGGUUUAAUGUUGGAACAAAAAAUAAGGCCAUGUAUGGUGCAGGGAGAAACAUGCAAGAUUUUCUGGAAUCUGAACAAGGGCUGCCUUUGGUAAUAAGAGUGAGCUUGAGAUCAAGAUUCAAUGUGAUUUGGGGGAUUUUUGAACCCAAAUAUCAUCAUGAAGCUCAAUGUUUGGUGCUCCUAAAUGAUAAUUAUGAUAAGAAACAUAGGACCCAAGUCUACAACAGCACUUGUAUAAUUAAUUCCUAGCAAUUUGGUUUGUGUGUUAAGACUUAUUUUCUAUAGUCUAUAUAUGCUACACUUUAUGUGUGCGUUACAUAGUAGCAUAUGCAGGGUAAAGCAUUGAGAUGCCCCUUGGUGAUGUGUUAUGUAAUUGUAAUUUUUGUAGUAAUUGGGUAUCUAAUUACUAUUCAA